AUGGCCCAUGGGAGUGUACCAGGGCCUCCCAUCCCCUCCAUUACCCUUCUUAUUGUGCUGCUGAUGGUGCUCAAGGCUCAUGCAGGUGGCUACGAGACAUGCCCCAAAGUUCACCCUGACAUGCUCAACGUGCACUUGGUGGCCCACACGCACAAUGAUGUGGGCUGGCUCAAGACAGUGGACCAGUACUUUUAUGAAGUCUCAUUACCUUUGUUUCCUGGGAGUGUGAGGAACAUCCUGGACUCAGUGGUGAGAGCCCUUCUGGUCAACCCCACCCGUCGCUUCACCUACGUGGAGAUGGCCUUCUUCUCCCGCUGGUGGAAGCUCCAGAAUAAACGGAUGCAGAAGAUUGUGCAGGACCUGGUGCACCAGGGACGCCUGGAAUUUGCCAACGGCGGCUGGGUGAUGAAUGACGAGGCGACCACGCACUAUGGCGCCAUCGUGGAUCAGAUGACACUCGGGCUGAACUUUCUGGAGAACACGUUCGGCAAAGAUGGGCGCCCCCAUGUAGCCUGGCACAUCGAUCCCUUUGGUCACUCGCGAGAGCAGGCCUCGCUUUUUGCCCAGAUGGGCUUCGACGGCAUCUUCUUGGGGCGUGUGGACUACCAGGAUAAGAACAUUCGAAAGAGAAUGCAUCAGAUGGAGCAGGUGUGGAGGGGCAGUGUGAGCCUCCCACCUCCCACUGCUGACCUCUUCACUUGUAUCCUUCCCAACGUGUAUGAGCCACCACGUGGAUUUUGCUGGGAUGUACUAUGCAGUGACCCAACAAUGGUAGAAGAAAAUGGCACUUCCGUGUACAUUGCUGACUUGGUGGUGGUGCAGUUCCUGAGAAUAGCUGCUGACCAGGCCAGCCACUACCGCACCAGGAACAUCAUAAUGACAAUGGGUUCAGACUUCCAUUUUGGGGAAGCUGAAAGAUGGUUCAAGAACCUCGAUAAGCUCAUCCAGCUGGUCAAUGCACAGCAGGCCAAGGGGAGCCGAGUCCACGCGCUCUACUCCACCCCAGCCUGCUAUCUCCAGGAGCUGAACAAGGCCAACCUCACCUGGUCACUCAAAGAGGAUGACUUCUUCCCCUACGCCGACGGCCCCCACGAGUUCUGGACGGGUUACUUCUCCAGCCGGCCGGCCCUCAAACGCUACGAGCGCCUCAGCUACAACUUUCUGCAGGUGUGCAACCAGCUGGAGGCGCUGGCGGGACACGCGGCCAACGCAGGACCCUUUGGCUCUGGAAACAGUGGGCCCCUCAGUAGGUGUCAGCUGGGCCGAAGCGGGUAUGGACGUUCCAUUGUGGCUGGCCUGGUGCUUCGAAGAGGGACCAUGGCCGCCCCGCCCCUCUGCUCUCCCUCUUCCCAGGUGCUCCUGAGCAACGCUCUGGCCAGACUCAGCGGCGCCAAGCACAAGCUCACGUUCUGCCACGGACUCAACGUCAGCGUCUGCCCGCUCAGCCAAGGGGCAGCGCACUUCCAGGUCCUCGUCUACAACCCCCUGGGACGCCACGUGAAUUGGAUGGUGAGGCUGCCAGUCAGCAAAGGCCAUUUCGUUGUGCUGGACCCUAAUGGACAGACCGUGCAAAGUGAAGUUGUAAAGUAUCCAGGUGUGGACUGUGUAAAGCACCCUCCAGAGCUCUUGUUCAGGGCCUCCGCACCUCCCCUGGGAUUCCACAGCUACUCUGUCACAAAAGCCCCUGCGAAGAAGCCCCAGACUGGAUCCACCAGGUCCAGCCCCCAGGAGUCACAGUCUUCUGUCCUGAUCAUUGAAAAUGAGCACACCCGGGUGGUAUUUGACAACCACACAGGGAUCUUAAAGGAGAUUGAGAACCGAGACCAGAAGCUUCUGUUACGGGUCCAGCAGACGUUCUUCUGGUACAAUGCCAGCAGGAACUCGGGAGCCUAUGUCUUUGCACCUGAACAAUUGAAUCCACUGCCCAUCAGUUUCUCACCUGAGAUACACCUGGUGAAGACAGCCUUGGUGCAGGAGGUGCACCAGAAGUUCUCAGAAUGGUGCUCCCAAGUGGUUCGUCUGUACCCAGGACAGAGGUACUUGGAGCUCGAGUGGACAGUGGGACCUAUACCACUGGAUGAGUUUGGGAAGGAAAUCAUCAGUCGCUUUGACACAGAGCUGAAGACACGUGGACUUUUCUACACAGACAGCAACGGCCGGGAGAUCUUGCAGAGAAGGAGGGAUUACCGGCCCACCUGGAACCUGAAGCGGACUGAGCCAGUGGCAGGAAAUUACUACCCAGUCAACAGCCGCAUUUACAUCACGGACGGGAACAUGCAGCUGACAGUGCUGACUGACCGCUCCCAGGGAGGCAGCAGCCUGAAGGAUGGAUCGUUGGAGCUCAUGGUGCACCGCAGGUUGAACUCAGAUGAUCAAAAGGGUCUGGAUGAACCACUGAUGGAGACAGGCCCAAAUGAGCAAGGUCUGUGUGUGCGAGGCAAACACCUGGUGCUGCUGGACAGGACCCAGAUGGCUGCUGCUGGGCACCGACUGCUGGCAGAGAAGGUGGUCCUGGCCCCGCAGGUGGUGUUUUACACCAAUGAAGACUCCCUCGGGCGCAGCGGAGGCAUCCCACGCAGAAAGUUCUCAGCACUUCACCAGGAGCUGCCACCCGCCGUGCGCCUGCUCACACUGGCCCAGUGGGGGCCCAGGAAGCUACUGCUGCGCUUAGAGCAUCAGUUUGCUGUUGGGGAGGGCAACCUGAGCUCGCCCGUGACCUUAGACCUGAGGGACCUGUUCUCCACCUUCACCAUCACUCACCUGCAGGAGACCACGCUGGCGGCCAACCAGCCUCGGGACCGCGUCUCCAGGCUCCAGUGGACACUGAAAACGGGCCCUGUCCUCCACGCCCUUAACUUCUCCCUGGAUUCUGCUGCCGUCACGCUGCAGCCCAUGGAGAUCCGCACCUUCCUGGCCUCCAUCAAAUGGAAGCGGUCUCCACGUGCCUGGGACGCCGCUCUCAGAGCUGGUGCACCCUCCUCCCAGGGCUGGGUGAACUGCUGCCUCUCCAUCCUCCUGUUGCUCUUGUAA